UAUAAUUUUGUGUUAUUAUCAAAGGUGGCAAUACAUUAUGGGAGAUCAAAAGUCAAGGUAUGUGAAGUUGACCAAAGAUAAAGAACAAGCACCAUUUCGAGAUAUUACUCCUGGAGAGCUUAACCAACCCAUUGAUGUUCCACAAUUAAAUGCUCGUAGAUGUCUUGAAUGUGGACAAGUUUUACCUGAAACCUACCAACCCCCAGCUGAUGAAGAUUGGACAACUGGAAUAUGUGGUUGUGUCGAUGAUAUUGAUAGCUGUUGGACUGGACUCUUUUGUCCAUGUGUUCUAUUUGGAAGAAACGUUGAAGCAAUAAGAGAUGACAUACCUUGGACCAAUGGAUGUGUCUGUCAUGCAAUGUGUAUAGAAGGUGGAAUGGCACUUGCUGCAGCAACAGCAUUUAUGAAUGGAAUUGAUCCGGAUACAACUUUUCUCAUUGCUGAAGGCCUUUUCUUCACUUGGUGGAUGUGUGGUAUUUAUACUGGUCUCUUUCGACAAGCUCUUCAAAAGAAAUAUCAUCUAAAGGACUCACCAUGUGAUCCUUGUAUGGUGCAUUGUUGCUUGCAUUGGUGUGCUAUAUGCCAAGAGCAUCGAGAGAUGAAGAACCAUUUAUGUGAUAACAAUAACACUGAUGGAACUAUUACAAAUCCCCCUCCAGUUCAAGAGAUUAAAUCUGAUUUAAACAAGGAGUCGACAUUGUCAACUAAAUCUUCUACAAAGGAUGAACAUAACAAUUUGGCAAUUACACCUAUUUAAAAUAUGAAAAAUGAUAAACAGUGUUUCUAGGGCAAUGGUUAAGAAAACAAAAAUGAUAAUAUAAUCUUGAAAGUAGAAUCUUUUCUACUUAAAUCUUUUUUUUUAUUUUCAUUUUUGUUUUCCUUAACCAUUGCUUCAAUACACUGUUUAACACAUGACGCUCAAAUAUUUCACCUAGUUGUAUCCAAAAGUCAAUCCAUCUUCCUCCUUUAUAUUGAACUAGUAAAAUAGAGUUCAAUAAAUAUAGAACUAGUUAAAAUGUUACUACCUCUAGUCUUUUUUA